UCAAGAAACGAGAAUGAGGACGAUCCUGCAUGCGUAUUGCGACUUCUAUAUUGUGUACCUCGGCGAAUAAAAGACGUGUGAAGUAGACAUGUGGAAGUGUUGGGCCCUGUUUCUGUGUGUCGCAGGUUUAUCCUCGGCCGUUUUGGAGGCGCCAAACUUUGAUAUUAGUCCUUUGACUAAUCAAUCCAUAACGUUACGACAGCAUGAAUCCGUGAGAAGAUUCGCAUGUCCCGUGGGAUUCUUUCGACUGAAACGAUUCUGUUAUUAUCUCAGUGCCGGUACGGCACCAUGGAGAGAGGCGUACUUUCACUGCAAGGACAGAAAUGCCACUUUGGCAAUAUUGGACAGAAAUGGAAAGGACAAAAUGCUGAGGAAAUACCUAAUGGGGGAUCAAUUUACGAAAUUGGAACGAUGGAUCGGAGGAAUUUUCAAUUGGCAACAAAUGGCUUGGGAAUGGGGUGUAACAGGUGAAAAGAUGGUUUUCCAGAGUUUCGGGAAAAUGGAACCUGGCAGAUCCAAGAAGUAUGCAUGGCAUUGUAUCAUAAUGGAUCCUGUCUUGAAAUAUAAGUGGAGUGCAAGGAGUUGUAUGGAACGAAAGUAUUAUAUAUGCGAAGUACCCGCCGGCCGUUUAGCCAGAAGACGCAAGAAGUCGCAAGACCCCUUCGCGCCGCAAAACCAAAGAUUAAAGCCUAGAAAAAAGGGCAAAAAGUACUUAGACGAACAGAGGAAACCAGGUGAAAGAAAGAAGAAUCGGGCAAAUUCGAGAAGAAAUUGGUUGGAUCAAGGAGAGAAUCAACAAUGGGCCCAUGGUGUCAAACUAGGAUCGCGACCACCUUCUAACGUGAAGAUGAUGCCUAGAGAACGCACGCGACAUCAUUCAAAUAGAACCCGUGUGCAAUCAACUGUGCCAAGGGUUGCCCAAGUAUUACCACAAGGACGAGAAUAUGGCGCAUUUUUAGCCAACGGAUACCAUCAAUCCCAGAAUUUAGCAGAUACGGACAACGUCCUUUCGCAGUUUCAUAAUAAAAUAAACGACUUCGCGCGAGAGGAGAUUUUGUUGAAGCCGUGAAAGAAAAAUUGAAUCAUUAUAUCAUAAUUAUAGUUAUAAUUGCAGCUUUGCUACUGCUCUGUUACAUAAUAUACGCAUCUAAGAGAAAAGCCAUUUGAAAGAUAAACUUUCACUACAACGACGCUGUUGAACUGCCAACGUUAUUUUAUUAUAAUUUAUAUUAUUUGUGGCUGUUAUUGUAAA